AUGUCACAGCCAAUGCUCACCCUGAAAUCGGACAAGUCCUCAGAGGACACCCCCAAAGCGACACCCCACCUCCUCCCCUGCCGCGUCAACCACAACGGUCCUGUCGAGCCCGCCCAAUCUUUCUGGAACCCCAAGACCGCCCAAGAUGGGACGAGGACAUCCUACUUCCGCGGCCGCAAGCUUCAGGGCAAGGCCGUAAAGCUACCCGAGGGGUAUCGCGGCGCCGUCGCAGCCACCUCGACCGCCGAGCAGGCUUUGGAACGGUCAGGGGCCGAGGUUAUUGACCUCGAGCCCGAGAUGCCCCAGGGGAGCCUGCAGGUUCAGGCCGAGUUUGACGAGAUGAUUGUUUGGGGACAUGAGGCUGGUGUGGAUGCUUCGGAUCCCUACCUGAGGGGUGCCGAGGAGUGGCUGGCGCUCGCGGAGAAGAUACACGCGUAUCCAACACCGGCGUCCAAGGAGACAGAAGUAAUAACACUAUCGUGA